AUGGGCUCUCUCAAUUAUGGCAGGGUCAACUGCAUAAAUGAGCAUAGGACAAAUGUGAGAAUCAACAGCCCAGUAAUAACUGGUCCCAUUCUCCAUCUCAAAUCCAGUUUUCUCUUCAGCCACACGGUUCCACCUAUUGCCCCAAAGUCUUGGAUUGAGUUUGAGUUCAAGAGGAGCUUAAUGGCAAACAAAAAAAGAAAAGCAAAAUGGAACAAGGAGAGGGAUGGGUGGUUUAGUGAGCUAGUGUCGAAAUCCAAGAGAAGAAAGUUCACAGAAAAGGCUUUUGGGAUGAUAAAAUUUAGCAAGCUCAAACAGAGGGGAAGAAAUGCAAAGCGGCACUCGAACAACACAGUCAAGAACGCGAAGGAUCUGAGUUUACCUUCAGCCUUGGGGAACCAAUUUGAUUAUGCCAUUACAAGAGAAAACUGA